GUUUCCAUGUAUAACUUUCUCCGACUUCCUAGGACGUGUUUUAUGCCACUUCUUUUUCUGUCUCAUUUUGUCCACCACACUUUUAACGUUGUGCGUGAAUGCACAAAGCCAAGCUGCAGAAUGUCGCAUUGAAACAUGCACUUACUCAGGCACUGCAGUGCUGCCUCCCUGUGGAAGAAAGCACUUUGCACAACUCUGGAACAAGAAGCAUGGACAUAAAAAGCUGACAUGGACCACAAGGACUUGCCUGACCCUCAUAAAGUCAUCAUUUGACAGGAUGACUUUCUGAUAGAUGCGCUAAAUCGACAGCAGUGCAGCGGAGAGACCUGAAGCAACUACCGAAGAAGAAACAGAUCGAAUCGUGUUGUUUCCCGCUACUUGGUGCAUAACGUUAACCGCCGUAACAAGUGGAUUUCUGUCAUACGGAGCACGAUACGGAGGGAUCACUGGAAUCCUACAGAACACUCCAGACUGUGCUGUGAACAUUUUGUCUCAGGGAGCUCCCUGUCGCUGAUGUGCUGCAGGUAAGUGCCGGUGUCCUCACUCACAUCCUCCGCAGUGAAAGGACAUUCCUCCAACUCCACAUCUCUCCUGUGGAUCUUGGGACUCUCUCCCGGGGAAAUGCAGCAGGACACAGAGCCUCCCAUAGCUUACUCUCCCAUACAACCGAAAACAAAUCUAGAAGAGGCUGCAAGGGUUGUCUGCAACCUUGCAGGUUUUCAGUGGCCCACACUGUACUUUAAGGUGCAGCCUGCAUAAUAUACAGCAUCGCAAGGAGGUCUGAAUGUUAGUGAACGAUCCAACUAUUGACCCUUGGCGUGUGCAAAAUGUAGAUGAAGCCAACAGUCCGCGGAGAUGAAUAGAGAGUCCCUAUCUUCGCCCAUGUUGGCUAGCUGCUGCCGGGCUAGCUUCCGCAUCCCAGUCGACUUCCCUCUCGCUGGAGCUAAAAAGUUUGCCCCGAUUGGAAGACACUGUAGCAUGUAGGUUCACCGGUUACAACAACAAAACACUAAAAAACAACUCAGGUACACAGAAGUGAAGGGGUAGACAACAGAGUUGGAUAGUUUAAAUAAAAACAGCCAUUAGCUGUCAUCGUUUGGCAUACUAUGAGACAACUGCCAGCCUGAGUGCCUGACAAAUCUUUGAAGCUACGUAAUAUCCGGUCAAAUAUUUUCAACGUAAACUUUCUAAUUGAUGUAGUUAGUUAUUUUAUGCAUAAUCUUCGAUGAGAGUAUUCAACUAGCAUGAUUCACAAUAAAAAAUAAUUAAAUUUGGGUGAUAAUGAUUAGACAGUAUUAACUCGUGUCGCACAAGACCGCAUUUGAAAUGUAUUUUGAAAACUACAACGGUUCCGCCCCCUGAACUUUGUCAUUGGUCAUCAUAGCUGCCAUUUAAUUGGCUUGAAUUCAUUGCAAUAUGUCCUAAAUUGCCGACUUGCGGUAUUUGUCAUGAACAUAUUAGGGUUGUCAAAUAAUGAUGGACGAUAUUUUGUUUUUUUUAACAACGUACACGUCGCCCUACAUUUAGCAGAGCGAGAAAAGAAUUAAAAAAAGCGUACUGCAGUAGAUAAUUUCCCCCAGCAGGGAGCAGCAUUGCAAACAAAGCAAGGUUGCUUUCAGCGGAAGUACAGGGUGUUAAGGAAUCGAAAAAAACCAACCUAUUCUUUAAUAUUUGUAUGUUUUAAAUUCACAACAUGGCGCUGGUUCCUUAUGUAGAGAACGCGUUACCUGCGCUUGCCAAACUUCACAAUUCAUCCGCGCGUUUUCAUUUUGCCAACCGUGACAUUUGCCUGACCCAGGACUGGAGGAAGCUUGGAGUUGCAGCAGUUGUAUGGGACGCGGUGAGUCAGACCGUAUCGACCUGUAAUCGUCGAAAAAGGCCGAUAUUCACCCUUGGUGUUUUUUUUCCCCCACAGGCAGUUGUAAUGUGUGUGUACUUAGAGCUGAGCCAAGUGGAGCUCCGGGGGAAGGUGGCCAUUGAGCUGGGAGCUGGAACCGGACUGGUGGGCAUCGUUGCAGCCUUGCUGGGUGCCAAGGUGACAAUCACCGACAGGAAGCCCGCCCUGGACUUCCUGUCCGCCAACGUAAAAGGCAACCUUCCACCUGACCUCCAAGCGUCCGCGGUGGUCUCCGAGCUGUCUUGGGGGGACGACCUCGACCGCUACCCAGCAGAGGGAUACGACCUGGUGCUCGGAGCCGACAUAGUAUACCUGGAGGACACGUUUGUGCCACUGAUGGAGACGCUGCAGCACCUGUGUGCGGACACCACCGUCGUGUUGCUGGCGUGCAAGAUCCGCUACGAGCGAGAUACCAACUUCUUGAGCAUGCUGAGGCAACGCUUCACUGUCACGGAGGUCCACUACGACAAAGAAAGGGAUAUUUAUAUAUAUAAAGCCAGGAAACAACCAUCCAGGAGCGGUUUGUGAUUCCCUGGCUACAUACAUUUUUUUGAAUCCAAUAUUAGCAGAAACACAUUUAUUACCAGCUGGUAAAAUGUAACAGCUGUAACAAUGCAUCAUAUAGCUUGGCGCUGACAUACAUUUUCUCACUGGAAAUGAAUAAAAAGCCCACAUAACAUAAAAAUAAUGACUUUACACAAUACCUAAAAAUACAAUAUGGCAUCCCAUCAUCAAGUCUCCUUGCUUUGGCUGCACUUUUACAAUCCUUUUUGCAAAAAUGCCACAAUUGUGAAAAAAGCAGAAGCAUUCCCAAAAACAUGUAAUAACCAGCUGCUGCCUGAGACUUAGCUCGUAAAUAACGUGAAAUGUAUCUGGAUUGUUUCAGCAAGGAAAAGUGCACAAUCACCUCAUCUUAUUAGAACGUUACAAACUUUGCGAAAAAGUCUUAAAAGUUGAAAUACGUCACAACAGGCGGUCUGUCAGCGUGUAUUUCUUCUAUUGCAUAACAAGUUGUAAGCAGGGCUCAUUAUUUUUGGUUUUUAUUUGUAAAAAUAAUGGCAUCAGCAGUGACGGAUUGGAUUAAAAGCCACCAUACAAAAAGUUUUUAUUCCUCACAAUAUAUUUGGAUCUCACACACGCUAACCACUUUGUGGCUGUUCAUUUUUCUCAUGUUAUUUCCCAUCUCUUCACUCCUCGGGCCAAGACAGGACCUUGUUUAUUGCAAAUGUGUGUGCAGUUCCGUUUUUUUUUUUUUUUAAAUUUAAUUGGUGAUAA